AUGGGUAAUCAACUAGUUUGCUGUAGGCUUAAAUGGAGCAUAUUUACGAAUUCGGAGGAUAACUUAGCCGCCGAUCCUUACGAACCUUCCCAGUACCAGUUUACAAACCAUACUGCCUUUCAUCCGCAUAUCGCGUCCCCCGUUAAUGCCUGCUUUAAUUCCGUUGAACGAGGCUAUAAGCGUCUAGUUACCGAUCGUUGGACACCUUUCCAAGACUCUGGUAUAGUACCACCACCAUUGGUUCAACACAUUAGCGAAAGGGAACCUGAAGUAGACGUGGAUGUAGAUCCCUCUUUUAAUGGUGCUUGCUCAACUCUCUUCCUCCAGUCUUUUUAUACAGUACUCAACAGGAAUCACUCCCUCAAAAAGAUGCUCUUAUUGGCAAACAAGCAAACAUCGAAGGAGUCGGAAAAGACGCUUUACCGAUGGAGUUCUUGUGGUUCCGUGUACAUUGGGGAGGGUUGUUUAGCACGACCAGAUCCGAAACUCAUCUUUCAUUGUGCCUCUGUGGCAGUAUCUGUCCUGUUGAAAACGGAGAAGAAGAUGAAACCAUCGAAAUCAACAAAUGCGAACUGCUCUGCCUGGUCCGAUUGCCGUCCGCUGCUGGGAGCAGCAUCCGAUCAGUCGCCCAGUCUUACCUCAACUUGUGAUCUGGGUCGCAAGUGUGUCAUACCGCCCGACCUUUACAAAGAGGUUUACGAAUUGUAUGACGAACGUAUUCAUCCCCUUUUUGUAAGUUGUCUCUUUUAA